AUUAAACACGUUUUUAUUUCCUCAUUAACUCAGUUUCACUGUUCAUCACACAAACACAGCGACAGCGCCCCCCAGUGACUGAAUAUGAAAAUAACAACACAGUAAAAUUAAUCAAAUAAAAAAGAAACAGGUGAAAACAUCAUGAAUAUUUCUGAUACUGAGAAUUUUAUUAAUUAAUCUUAUUUUAUUUGGAAAAUUACAUCAAUGAAUAUCACAUUUUAUAUUUUUUUUUGCUUCACUGACAGACUGUAAAUAAUAUAUAAACAAACAAAUAAAAAAUCUGUAGAUUCAGAACCAAGAAAAAGUUUUAUAUCAAUGUUUCUGUUGAAGAGAUUAAAGCUCUCAUUUAUAUAUUUAACACGACUGUUACAGUAACAGCAGGUUAAAGUUAUUUCUUUACAAGUGAAACAGUUCAUCAUGAUGAUGAUGAUGAUGAUGGUGAAUUUUCAUUUGUUCAAAACUAAAUAUUGAAAAUAAAAAAAUAACGGUGAGUCUAAUGACCGUUUAGUUUUAUGAAUAAAAGGUAAUACCAGUAACAGGACUGAUUGAUCGAUUGAACCGUGGUUUUAGGCGCUUUCUGGGAUCGUGCGGGUUACUGCCUCGUCGACCUGCUCAACAUGGCGGAGGGAGCAGGACACCUCGAAACAGGAAGCGGGGAAACUUCCGCGCAUGCGUAGUGGCUCAGCCCGGGUCCCUGUAAAGAUGUCUGAGCAGGCGGGGAGGGAGCGGAGCGGAGGACCCGAAACAAACGCACAGAACCCGCAACUCUCCGCAACUUAACCGGUCAAGGCAGGUCGAUGUCAUUCAGCUGAGAUGUCCAGUGACAGCCAGGGAUCGGUGAAAGGGGAGGCGGCCAUGAUGCUGCCUCCCUCUGGCUCCGCCUCUUCUCAGGGACAGCCCCUCUCUCCGUCCACCACCUCCAAACCACCUGAGCUCCCAGAUGAACUGGUCCAGGCUGGCUGGUCUAAGUGCUGGUCUCGGAGGGAGAACCGACCCUAUUACUUCAACAGAUUCACCAAUCAGAGCCUGUGGGAGGUCCCAGUGUUGGGUCAGCAUGAUGUCAUUUCUGAUCCUUUAGGUCUGAAUGCGGCCCCGGCAGAGGGCGGAGACGGUAACCUUGGUAACGGUCAGAGGAAGAGAAGGAGCUCUGAUGAGCAGGGGGCGGGGCCUAACAGCCUCAAACGUGCAAAGGUAGAGCCUACAACGCCCAUCUCUCCCAGUACCCCCGGGGUCAAACCCUGGAGCGCCGCCCCUGAGGACAAACAGGCCCAGUCGGCCACACCCACCACUCCAAGCCCCGCCCCCACCCCUGCCCCAUACAGACCAGCUGUGAUCUACUGGGAUCUGGACAUCCAGACCAACGCUGUGAUCAGAGAGCACCCCCCUGCCAACCACCUGCCCCCCCACCCUGAGAUCGAGCUGCAGAGAGCUCAGCUCGUCACCAAACUGAGGCAACACUACCACGAGCUGUGUCACCAGAGAGAAGGUAUUGAUCCGCCCCGAGAGUCAUUCAACCGUUGGCUGUUGGAGAGGAAAGUAAUUGACAAAGGUCACGACCCUUUAUUACCGAGCGACUGUGACCCCAUCAUCUCCCCAUCCAUGUUCAGAGAGGUCAUGAACGACAUCCCCAUCAGGUUGUCUCGUAUUAAAUAUAAAGAAGAAGCUCGGAAGUUGUUGUUUAAAUACGCUGAAGCCGCCAAGAAGAUGAUUGACUCCAGGAAUGCGAGUCCAGAGAGCAGGAAGGUGGUGAAGUGGAACGCUGAGGACACGAUGAGCUGGCUUCGCCGAGAUCACUCUGCCAGCAAGGAGGACUACAUGGACCGACUGGAACACCUGAGGCAGCAGUGUGGUCCUCACGUCGCCGCCGUCGCCAAAGACUCUGUGGAGGGAAUCUGCUCCAAGAUAUACCAGCUGUCUGCAGAGUACAGCCGCCGCCUGAGACAGACUCACCUGAGCCUGCUGCAGGACCCGCCCACAGAGGCGUGUGCGUCCCCCCCCCAAUCCCGGCUGGUCUACUGUUAUCCAGUGCGCCUGGCAAUCCCCUCGCCCCCCCUCCCCCGGGUGGAGCUGCACUUUGAGAAUGACGUGGCCUGUCUGCGCUUUAGAGGAGAGAUGGUCAAGGUCAACAGAGGUCACUUCAGCAAACUGGAGUUGUUGUACAGGUACAGCUGUAUUGACGAUCCACGCUUUGAGAAGUUCCUGUCCAGAGUCUGGUGCCUCCUGAAGAGAUACCAGGAGAUGUUUGGCAGCGGUGCUAAUGAGGGGACCGGCCUGCAGGGGGCGCUGCCGGUGUCCGUGUUUGAGGCGUUGAACCGGCAGUUCGGAGUUUCCUUCGAGUGUUUCGCCUCGCCUCUCAACUGCUAUUUCAAACAGUUCUGCUCCGCCUUCCCCGACAUCGAUGGCUUCUUUGGAUCCAGAGGGCCGUUCCUGAUGUUCUCUCCGGUCAGCGGCUCCUUUGAGGCCAACCCUCCAUUCUGUGAAGAGCUGAUGGACGCCAUGGUGACGCACUUUGAGGACCUGUUGGAUCAGUCCUCAGAGCCUCUGUCCUUCAUCGUCUUCGUCCCUGAGUGGCGUGACCCUGUGACCCCGGCGCUGACCCGCAUGGAGGGAAGUCGCUUCCUCCGACACCAGCUGAGCGUCCCGGCCUAUGAGCACGAGUACCGGUCCGGGAGUCAGCACAUCUGCAAGAGAUGCUACUACCGGGCGGUACAUGGUACUGCAGUACUCUUCCUUCAGAAUGAUGCAGGUUUCGCGAAGUGGGCUCCGACUCCAGAGCGUCUGGCCGAGCUCACAGCGGCGUACCGCCCCGCCUCCUCUCGUACCUCCUCCUUGUCCUCUCCUGGCCCCGCCCACAUUGCUCCUGGAGACAGAGACUCUGCCCCUAAGGCCUCUGAUAGGAUGCAAAGUGGCGUGAUGUCACCAGGCAGCCAUGACAACAACAACAACAACAACAGCAGCAGCAGUAGUAGCAGUAGCAGUAGCAGUAGCAGCAGUCCUCGAGACAAGAUGGCUGCUGUGUAGAGGGUCGGGGUUUAUAAUAGGCCACGCCCCCUGCCUGUUGGACAGGUGUUUAAAGUUUCUGUGUUUCACAGCAUUAGUUUGUUCUGGUUGUUGUCUCGUCUGUUCAGAUUGUCCCUCACCAGCACCUGUAGCACACCCUCAGCUUCUCCAUCCACAAUGUUGUUCUGUUCCUGCUGCCAGCAGGGGGCGGGGCCAGAGCGCCACACUGAAACCUGAUUUAACCCUUUCUGUCAUUCGGUUGGCUUUCACUUGUCCCCUCAGUCCGUGACGUCCCCGCUCACAUCGGCUGUUCUGAUUGGGCGAAGCUCUGACACCACAAAGUCUGGAGCUUUUCUUUCACCUGCAGUUGAUUCACGUCCAGGUGUGGUUGCUGCUGUUGCCUAGCAACAAGCACUGCAGCCAGUCAGAUUACAGAGUUAAUGGGUGAGCAGCGACGUGUUGGAGCUCCAGCAAUAAAAACCUUUUCAUUCACCUGUGAUGUCAUCUGUGAUGUCACUGCUCCUAUGGGUCAUUGGAGGACUUCUGAUUGGUCCCUGCACCGAUGGGGCUUGGUGAUUGGUUGAUAAGGCAGCUAUUGUUUCUAUUGGACUCUUUGUCUUUCUUUGUCAAGUCGGACAGAAUCCAGCGACAACCCGUUUCAGGCCCCGCCUCCUCAGGACAGCCGGGCCAAUCGGCGCUCGUCCUUAAGAGGAUGUACCUGUGUACCUGCGGUGCAGGUGCAUUGUGGGAAACUGAGUAUUUAGCAGGCGGGAGGAGGUGGAGCAUCUGCUAUGAGGUCAUACUUACCAGUGGAAGGAGGUGGAGUCAGAACGGGGACUCGGACUGGUCGGUGAGGACAGACGGCUGAGACGCCAUUUACAGAGGUCACAUCACUUCCUGUCACGUGACUGGAUGUUUGAUCAGUGAGGCAGGUGUUUGACCAGGUGUGUUCAGCAGCAGGUUGAGGCGAGUUGUGAAGUGUGAGGAGUUCUUCCAGGGUUCCUGCAGUAAAGUCUGGUUCUGGUUCUGAGUACAGACAGACUUUAAUCUCCAAACGUUUUCUCUGAAAACAUGAGGUCUUCUCUGACGAUCAUGUCCUCUUCAGAUCAGCUUCUGUGCUAACGAUUUUAAAUAUUUGACAAACGCGGCUCCUCACACUUUGUAACUUAAUACUCUGCUGCUGACUGUCUGCUCUCUGAUUGGCUGAAGAGUCAUCGUAUCAGGCACCUGCUUUCUGAUUGGCUGAUGAGUCGUCCUAUCAGGUGUCUGUUGCCGUGUGACCUCAGCAGCUGUGUAGAUAAUGUACAGUUGGACUGAUGAAGUCUGUUGAUGUUAUUUUCCUCAUCUGCUGUUAAAUUGAAAAAACAAAUGAAAUUGUUUAACUGUUGUUUUUUAUUUGAGUUAAUUUAACAGUUUUUUAAAGAGAUGAUCUGUUUCCUGUAUCACAAAGCUUACGAUAGUUUGUUUUAAACUAAACCAAAGUGUUAUUAAGAAAAUCUAUAUCUUGUAUGUAAAACUAGAAGUGUGUAUGCAUCAGUAAUGCUGACGUCUAACCAGCAGAAACUCCUCCACCUUAUUUUUAUAAUUCUCAGCUGUUUUUCUUUCUGUGAUGUUUGUUUUUUUUAUGGUUUGUUUUGGGGUUUUUUGUUUUUUGUGCAUGAAAUGUUCAGACUCUAAAUGAUGUUUGUAAUCCUGAAUGUUUUCCAGGCUGAGUCUCCGUCGCUGCUCCACCUCACCUCCACCUUUAAAUUUAGACUCUUUAAAGGAGCAGUCCGACGUUUUCUGUGUAACAGGAUGUUGGAUUUCAGCUUGCAUCAUGCUAAGCUAGGCUAAUGAUAGACUGUUCCUUUAAUAUUCCUAUGAAACUUCAUCACACUGACCAGAGAAAACAAACUGGAGACAUUUUCUUUAAUUAUAAGAUUUGAGUCUGAUAAUUAUAAAAUCCUGUAGUUACAAGUUUCUGAUUCAUUUUGAUGAUCAGUAUCUCCUGUAAAACCGCUCGUCUUCUAGUCAUGAGAAAACAUUUCAUUAGUUUUCUUGUUAUUAUGACGAAUGUAUCAAACUAUAUUUUCUUAUUUUUUAUGACAUUCAGGUCUAAUAAUUACAAUAAUGAGAUUUUUGUGAUCUCAUGAUUAAUUAAAUUAAAUUUUGAGGACAGUUUUCUUGUGAUCAUCACUCAGAUCUGUAUCAGAUGACCACAAAAUCUUUGUCUCAGUUUCAUGAAAACGUUAAUGUUUCAGCUGAAAUAGAUUUCAUAAUCACAAGAAAACUGAACGUUACAUCUGUUUGUAGAUUUAAAGCAACAAUUCACAGGAUUUUCCAAAAAAAAAAAAAAGUCCAGUCAUCGCCUCAAUUUUAUUUUCCGAUCAGAACUAAGAUUUGAUUUCUCUGAUUCACAUCUUUGUUGUCAUUAAUGCCAACAGAUGAAUUAUUCCUUUAAUGAUCCUCAACAUGUUUUCUCCUGAUUUACAGUUUGUCUCCAGUUUGUUUGUUUCUUUAAUAAACAUGUUUGCUUGUUUGUAAUUCAGCCUCUGGUGAUGAAGUGAUAGAAGUGUCUCUGAGGUUCAGGACGUUUCCUCGUCUUCAUCACAUCUAGUUUUAAACAUGACGUGAGGCGACGGACAGAGACUUGGCCGUUUGUGGUCCUCGCAGCUGGAGAAUGUAAAUACAGUCUGUCCUUCGUCCUGCCUGCAGAAAAACUGCAGCUUCACUCUCCCAGUAAAAUAUAUCCAAACCAGUAAAA